AUGGCGCCGCCCGCGCGUGAUGUGCGGAGCGUGCGCGAGCGUGCGGAGAGCCUGUCGCUUGGCUUCUGCUCGCCCACGCCAUGGCCCGUCAACCCCCGCAGCCUCCAUGGCCGCCCCGCCCUCAAGGAGCUGGUGGAGAGGGAUUCUGCAGUGCGUCUGGGGGACAGCAAAUUGCUAGAACGCAUACGCACGCUAGAAACAGAAGUGGCGGACAGCGACGAGUAUGCGGACGACUUGGAGCAGCAGCUGGAGCAGCUCAGCACUGAGAAGGACUCCCUUGUUGCAUGCGUCAGCGUUUUAGAGGAAAAGAAUGGGGCGCUGGAGGGCGCCAAUGCAGAUCUGCAGAAGGCGGCUGAGGCGGCCAAGGCUGCCCAUGCCGAUCUGCAACAGAAGGCCACAAGUUUUGACGAGCUGAAGGCGUCCCUGGAGAGCAAGGUCGCUGAGCUGGAGGCCAGCCUGGCGGCAGAGAAGAGCGAGCGCAUAAUCUUAGAGCGCCAGCGCAGCGCAGGAAAGCCCCCCCGGGCCCCCCCCUCUCCGGGGGGCCAGUCCCCCCGGGCAUCCCCCUCCAGCCCCUUCGGCCGCUCCGGCAGCGGCGGCCAGUUCGAGCUAGCCGGCGUCGGGCUGCAAAUUGCCACCCUGGAAGUCCAGGUGUCAGAGAAGGAGGCGCAGCGAAAGGAGCUGGAGCAUCGCGUGGAGCAGCUGCAGGCGCGGCUGUCGCCGCUCGACGCAGACAAAGCAGAGCUCGCCGGGCGGCUGGCCGGACUCGAGAAGCGGCUGCGUGAAGCCGACGGCGCGCGUGGCAGCCUCGAGAAGAAGCUGCGCUCGGCGGAGUCCGCGCGCGCGGACUUCGGCCGCCGCUGCAGCGGGCUGGCCGCCGAGAAGGCUGAGCUGGCGGGGGUCGUCGAGCGGCUGGAGGCUGAGCUGGCGGCCGCCAGAUCUGGCGUAAAGGAAGCCGCUGCCAAAUCCAGCGCGGCCGAAGCCGAGAGGGCUGCCGCGCUGAAGCAGCUUCGCCAGGAGCUUGCCGACGCAGGGGCCGAGACCCAGGAAGCAAGGAAGGAGGCGGACAUGCUGUGCACCAAACUCACCUCGGUGGCUUCAGAGAGGGAGGCAGCACAGGCCGCCCUGCAAGAGCUGAACGCGAGCUUCGCCAAGCUGGCGUCAGACAAGGACAAUGCCACAGAAGACCGUGCUGAGGCCGCCAAGAAGGCAUCAGCGCUCGAUGCACAGCUGGCAGCCGCAAUUGAAGAGCUCGCCAAAACAGGCUCAGCCCUGAAGGCUACUCAGGACAAGGCGGCUGCAGCGGAGGUGCUCGCAGAGAAACGGGCGGCGGAGAUUGCCGGCUUGACAGAGAAGAACAAGGGGCUGCAGGCAGAGGGGGCAACACUGAGGGAAUGCCUGCAGACCCUGGAGGCGCAGCUGGCUGCAGCAAAGUCAAAGUCAAAGUUGGGCAAGCUCAAGGAAACGCCCCAGGAUAGAGGCGCCAGCAAGGACGUCAAGGCGGUGGACUCGGCCAAGCAGCAUCCAGUCAGCUCACCGGUCAAGGGUGAGACAAGUGCGGCAUACGACGAGCUGCAGGCAAAGUGCGUCGCAGCCGAGCGGGAGAGAGCCGCGCUCGCUGCGGAACUGAAGCAGCUCAAGGGCGAUGUGGGAGGCUUAGAAGCCAAGCUGGCCGCCAGCGCAGCAGCAAGGCAGGUAGCUGAGAGCUCCCUGCAGCAGCUUGAGCAAGAGCUUACCGCUGCAAAGACGGCCCCCGCACCCCAGAAGAGCAGGGGUAUACUGCCUCAGGCGAAGGGGGCAAAGUCUGAGGGCCCGGCGGCGGAUGUAAGAGCGCUGACGGCGGCGCGGGACGAGGCAGUUGCGGCGCAGCGGGAGCUGCGGGAGAGGCUGCAGGCGCAGGAGGCGGUUGCCGCGCAGCUGCGCGAGCAGCUGCAGGAGCUGCGCGGCGCCACGGCCGCCGGCGAGCGCGCCGCGCGCAAGACCAUCGGCGAGCUGCGCGACAAGCUCUCCGUGAUGCGCUCAGCCCCCGCCGGGACAGCCGCCUCGAGGGAUGUUCCCAAGGGAUCUACCCCCGCCCCGGCCCCCGGCGUCGGCCAGGCGGCGCUGAUCGCGCUGGCGAGCUCGCUGUACAUGGGCGGCGCUGCGGCGGCGGCAGCCGCCGAGCCGGCAGCUACCGCGCAGCUGCCACGCGGCGACGCCAAGGUGCUGAACCGGCGGCUGGCCAACGCUGAGGAGCAGCUGCGGACGGUGCGCGAGGAGCGGGACGAGCUCCGGCGUGAGCGGCAGAGCUGGGAGUCGCAGCGCACGUCGGGUGACGGCGACCGCUCGGGGCUCGAGAAGGACCUCUCCGCACUGCAGGGGGACCUGGCGGCGGCCGAGGCGCGGCUGGCGGAGGCCGCGGCAGCUUCCGAGCAGCUGCGCGCGCUCCGGGAGCAGCACGCCAGCCUGGAGGCGCAGGUCAGGGACCUCCAGGGCAAGCUGGCUUCUGCCGAGACCGAGCUUGCCCGGUCCAAGGCCGCCGCGGCUUCCCAGGAGAAGGCACUUUUCAAGGAGCUUGAAGCCAAGUUGGCCUCAGCUGGGGCCGAGCUGACAAAGUCCAGAGAGCUGCACACCGCAGCUGCCGAGGAGAAGCAUGCUGGCUUCAGGGCAGAGGUCGAGGAGCUUCAGGGCAAGUUGGCGAAGGCCGAAGCCCAGCUGACGCGCGCUGGGGAGACACAAUCCGCGGCUUCCGAGGAGGCACAUGCCUUGAAGGCGCAGAUUGAGGAUUUGCAAGGCAAGCUGGAGGCAGCUGAAGCCGAGCUGGCGCGCUCUGCUGAUACACAUGCAGCAGCUUCCGAGAAGGCGCACGCCGGCCUGCAGGCGCAGAUCGAGGAGUUGCAAGGCAAGCUGGAGGCAGCAGAAGCCGAAGCAGCGCGCAAUGCAGAGGCGCAAGCCGGCCAGGAGAGGGAGCUGCAGAGCAAGGUGGCGGCCUUCGAGACGCAGAACAAGCAGCUGGUCGGCCGGAUGACGGCCGUGCGCGCCGAGAAGGCUGCCGUGGAGAGGCAGCACGGUCAGGCGCUGUCCCGGCUGAUGUCCGAGGCUCAGAAGGACGCUGCCGAACGCUCAGCGGAGCGAGAGAAGUUCCAGAACGAGCGCGUAGCCGCGGUCGCAGCUGUAGAGGCCCGGCUGGCAGCGCUGCAGGGGGGGAAAGCAACCGUGGACAAGCAGCUUGCGGAUGCACUAGCCGAGGCCGAGCGCGUAGCUACACUCAUGCACAAGAACGAGGCGGAGCUUAAGAAGCAGCUUGAGGCGGCGGCUGCCGACAGUGCUGCGCGCAACAAGGAGCAUGCCGGCAAGGUUGCGGAUUUGGAGGCGCGGCUGAAGGACGGCGCUACAGCUGCCAGCAAGCUGGAGGCGCAGGUGAAGGAGCUGACCUCAGGGGAGGGGUCUGCUGAGGAGGGGCAUGCGAAGGCUGUGAGGGAGAUGGAGAGGCGCCUGCAGCAGGCUGAUGCAGACAGGAAGGCGCUUGAGGAGAGCCACGCUGCUGCCACUGCCAAGCUGGAGCAACAAGUGGAACAGCUGACGGCAGCCAAGGCCUCUACAGACGAGAAGCAGGCGGCGGCAGUGCGUGACCUGGAGGCUCGCUUGCAGCAGAUCACUGCUGACAAGAAGGCCGCUGAGGGAGAGCAGUCUGCGGCGAUCGGCAAGCUUGAAGCUGCAGUGAAGCAGCUCACAGAUGACAAGGCUGCAGCAGAGAAGGCGCAAUCAGCAGCAGUGUCCAAGCUGGAGGCUCGUGUGCAGCAGAUGGCCGCUGACAGGAAGGCUCUCGAGGACGCGCACGCCACAGCUAAGCAGAAGCUGGAGCAGCAGGUCAGGAAGCUGGAAGCAGAGAGGACGGAGCUGGCGCAGGCCAAGGAAGAUGCAGAGAAGCAGGCGGCGGAAGCUGCCAGGCAGCUGCGCGACCUUGAGGAGAGCGCCGCGCGCCAGGGCAAGCACGAGGCGGCUGUGAAGGAGCUGAAGGCCAGUCUGGCAGCGCUGCAAGCCGAGAAGGACUCCCUUGCACAAAAGCACAUCGCAGAGCUCUCCGCAGUGCAGAAGGAGCUCGCUUCAGCGCGUGCGAAGGCUGCAGCGACGCCUGUCCAGGCGGCCCAGCAAGCGCCAAAACAGGCCAGCGGUGAGUUAGCCGCCGGUGCGGUGCCUGUUCUGGCGAUGGGAGCGGCCGUUGUUGCCGCUGCGGCUGCGCAUGACCGGUCUCCGGCAAAACGCGCCAAGGGAGUUGGUUCCCCGAGCGCCAAGGAUGCGAAGCAGCCGCGCAAGGCCGAGGCUAGGGGCCUCUCCGGCAGCGACAGCCCCAGGCUGGCAGCCAAGGAGAACGCUGCAGCGGCGCCGGAGCAGGGCGCUGAUGUGGAGGGACUCAAGGCUCGCCUCGCUGAGGCACAGGCUGAGAGCCAGCGGCUGUCAAAGAAGCUUGAGGAGCUGGAGAGCGAACGUGCGCAAGUUGGCGAGAGGGCGGCAGCUGCAGAGGCAGCCAAAGCGACCGCUGAGCAGAAGCUGGCGGCAGCUGAGGGCCAGCUCAAGGACUUGGAGACAAAGCUGACCGUAUCUGAGGCUGCUGCGAGCAAGGCGCAGGCAGGCUCUGCAGCCAGUGGCUCAAGGGACCUCUCAGCAGUGAACGGCGGAAAAGGAUCGGCACCGGCAACCCCCACAAGGGACGCUGCGCAGACCAGCGCCGCGAUUAGUAAGCUGGAAGCCGCCGUGCGUCAGCACCGGGAGGAAGCUACCGCGCAGGCAGCAGCCGCUGAGCGAAUGUCCAGUCAGCUGGCGGCGCUGCAGGAGGAGCACAACAGCCGCUGCACCCACUGGAUGGCCGAGAAGGACGAGUUAAAUGGCCAGGUCACUACUCUCCGGGCAGAAAUCGCUGCCCAGGAGAAGGACCUGGGCAGCCUGCGGGCAGCCCAGGCUGCCCAAACCGGGCAGGCCGAACGGGCGCGCCAGCUGGACGCUGACCUGGCAGCCGCCAACGCUGACCGGGACGGCCUCAACGGCCUCAUUGGCUCGCUGCAGGCAGAGGUUGCAGCACUGCAGAAAGACAUGAGCGGCCUCCAAGACGCCAAGCGCGAGGGGAAACAGGCCGCGCAGAAGGUGCAGCAGCAGCUGGGAGCUGAUCUAGCAGCGGCGCAGGCUGACAGGGAUGCGCUACGAGGGAAGCUGGCUGAGCUGGAGGGGAAGCUGGCGGAGAAGACGCGCGCGGCCGCCCCGCCGGCGACGCCGAAGAAGCAGCCGGAAGGCGCCAAGGAGCUGCCGGAGCAGGGGGAGCCUGAUCUGGCGGCUGACCUGGCAGCAGCCGGGGAAGGUGCCCGGAAGGCGGAGGGCCGGGUGCAGGAGCUUCAGGCGCAGCUUGCGGCUUCGCAGGAAGCCGCACGCGGCGCCGAGGGGAAGCUGGGAGCGGCCGAGGAGAAGCUGCAGGCGGCUUCUGCAGAGCAGAGCCGACUGGCGUCCGAAAUAAAUGCCUUGCGCGCAGCCGGCGUGAGUACUGCGGCUGCGGCUGCUGCUGCUGUUGCUGUGUCAACACCCGCGAAGGAGAAGAGGAGGGGCCUGUUUAGCCGGCGCUCAUCCAAGCAGCUGGAGCCGUCCAGGGUCGGCGAUAUUGCCCGACCAGGCAGCGCCGGGCAGCCCGAGUCGGCCGACCGGGCAGCCCUUGCCGAGGAGAUUGCCAGCCUUAGCGCUGAGAAGUUGAGGUUGGAGAGCACUCUGGAGUUGCUGCGAGCAGAAGCAGAGCGUCUGCAGCAGUCAGCCGCUCAGCACAGCACGCCUUCAGGCCAGGCUCCGUCCGAGGAAACUUCCCAGGCGAAAGCAGCCGCCGAGGAGAAGGCCCGGGAGCUGGAGGCAGCUGCCGAGAGGGAACAUCGGCUGCAGGAGACCGUGGCGCAGCUGAAGGCGGCAAACGUUGAGCUGGAGGGUGCGCUAAAGCAGGAGAGGGAGCGGCUAACUGGACUGGAGUCUGACCAUGAGCUGGCGGUGUCCGGCCGACGCGGGCUUGAGACAGAGAAGCGCGACCUGGCCUCCUCCCUGCAGGCUGCAAACGCACAGCUGGCGGAUGCACAGAAGACACACGAGGAACUGAGGGACGCCCUGGCCGAGACAGAGGGCAAGCUUGCAGUGCAGCGGGAGCUGACAGUGAUGCUGGAGUCUGAGAAGGCCCAGCUGGCUUCCGGGCACGAGGAGCGCAGCCGCGGAUUUGCGGACGAGAAGAAGAGCAUAAUGGAAGGCCACGAGGCGUUCAUCCGAGGGCUGCAGGCUGACAUGACGGCGGCGGCGCGGCGCAGUGAGUCACUGGGUGAGUCACUGGCGGCCGAGCGAAGCCGGCGCGAGGAGCUUGGCCGGGGGCACGAAGCCGAGAAAAAGGGGAUUGUCGAGGGUCACGAAGCAAGAGUCAAGGAGCUGCAGGCGCAGGUGCAGGCUGCUCUGCAGAAGGGAGAUGCUCUGGCGGCUGAGAAGGCCCAGCUGGAAUCUCGCGCACAGGCCGCCACUGCCUCUGUUGCGAAGCUGGAAGAUAAGGUGACGGAUCUGGAGGGCGAGGUGCUGGACCUGAAGGAGCAGCUGGCAGACCUGGAGGCCAUACGCACGGAUCUGGAGGGCCACGUUCAGGAGUUGUCCGAGCAGCUGGACGCAGCCGCCGCCGACAGCGCCGACAAGGCCAAGGCUCUGCAGGCGAGAACUUUCACCUACUGA